GCUCGGUCGACGUUCUCUCCGACUCGCAGGACUCUCGCAGGCUGAGGUCGACGGUCGUCGUCGAGCAGCCCUUACCUGGGCCACGGCCAGCCACGCUCCGCCAACACUCUGGGUCUCCUCUGUCGGUCUGGGAUUGCCAUCAAUGGCUAACAUCGUCAAUGGGAGAUGCUGGAUGGAGACGGCAUUACCGGAGCCUCCACUGGUACAGAAUGGCUCAAUAGUGCUCAAAACUCAUGAUAUCGGAUGGAUUGUUUCGGGCGCGUUCACCCUCGUCGCGGUACUUGUUUCCUUUUGGCUCAUCUGGCAACACCUAUCCUGGUAUACCAACAAACGGGAGCAGAGAUAUACCGUACGCAUCCUCCUCAUGGUGCCCAUUUAUGCUGUGAUCACGUUUGGCUCCUAUCUCUACUGGAACCACUCCACCGCGCUGCUGCUCAUCCGCGACUGCUACGAGUCCAUCGUCUUGACGUCAUUCUUUUACCUUCUGUUGAACUAUCUCUCGCAUGAUCCGGAGGAGCAGAAGGAAGUAUUUCGCAAAGUCGGACUAUCCAAGGAGUUUGACCGCAACGCGCGAAGGCGAGGCGAGCGGCCGUCGCACUGGAUGUUCCCCAUGCAGUUCAUAAAGUGGAAGCCAGAGGACGGCCUGUAUUUCCUGCAACUCAUGAAGUGGGGUGUGCUGCAGUACUGUGUCAUCAGACCUACAACGACACUCGCUGCGGUCAUCCUCAACUAUAUCGGGCUGUAUUGUGAGGAUUCGUGGGGCCCGGGGUGGGGGCACGUCUACAUCACGGUCGUCAUGUCCCUUUCGGUGACUAUAGCUAUGUACUGCCUCAUUCAGCUCUACAUGCCCAUCUCCGAGUAUCUGGCGCCCCGUAAACCGAUCUUGAAGCUCUUUGCUGUCAAGGCUGUCGUUUUCUUGACGUUUUGGCAGGCUACCCUCAUCUCAAUUCUGGAGACCUUCGACGUAAUCAAAGACACCGAGUACAUGACAGCGGACAACGUCGCCACCGGCAUCAGUGCUAUCAUGGAAUGCGUCGAGAUGACGCUUUUCGCGCUCCUCCACAUCAAGGCGUACACUUACGUCGUCUAUCGCGACCCCUCCGCACCCCGCCUCUCCCGCUGGCGCGCUCUCGUGCACGCAUUGAACUUCAAGGAGACGCUGGUGGAGCUCUGGAAGGGCUGCGUGUAUAUGGUGCGGAGAUCGAGAGGGCACGAGACGGAUCGGCAGGUGAGGAGGGGGGCGGCGUAUGAGAGCGUGUUUGGGAAAUCACGGUGGGAGCUCGGGAAGGGGGAGACGACGCCGAAGGAGAAGGGGAGGAAGGGGAGCCUCGGUGUGGAGAUGGAGGUGGACCGGGUGAUGCAUGUGGAGGGCGAGAGACAGUGGCUCGGAAUGGGGGACGAGUACGCUUAUGGGAUGGGGUAUCACUCGAGGAGGAUCAGGGAGAAGAGCGAUGGGCUGGAGGACCAGAUCGAGAAGGAGCUCACUGCGAGAGGGUAUCGCAAGCGAGAGUCCUUCAAGGAUCGCCCUAGCCUGGGUGCGUAUGCUCCCGUCGGCCAGGACGAAAGCCCCCAAGCCCACUCCCGCACGCGCGCAUGGUGGCGCGACGUCUACGCACGCAUCUCGCGCACCAGCACCGACCGUGACCCUGAUCCCGAGCACGAGCCCGCACCUGAGGACCCGCCAACGAAGUCGUUUAAGAGGCUGCACGGAUACCACGUCCCCCAGAUGAGCCUCGACGACCCACCUCCCCGAUCUGCGAUCCGUGAGUACCGCGACAGCCAGCGUUCGCGCAGGCCUCCUCCAUUGUUGCAUGGCCUAGUCGCGCUAGACCCAGAGCCUCCGUCACCGCCCAGCGAAGUCCGGAUACCCCCGCGCGCGUCCCCACCGCGCGAGUCCUCCCGGCGCCUUAGCGCGUCGCUUACCCCGCUCGACUUCACGCGCUCGCGCGACUCGCAGGCCACCGUGCAGACGCAGAGCCCGAAGCCGCUCCCGCGCCGACCGUCCGGCCCGCGCUCGCCACGCGACUCCCUCACCGACAGUUUCCUCGCGCGCGCGUUCACGAACCUCCCCGAGCCGACGACGUCCGUCGAGCAGCUCAGCACCGGCCCGUCGUCCGAGCGGUCCUCGCAGUCCCACCGCACCCAGGUGCGCCUCGCCGCGGAGCCUGCGCUCCUCCCGCGCUCGCUCGACAAGGCGCGGGCACCCACGCUCGAAGAGCCACCCACCCCGCCCGCGAAGGCGACGUCGCCUGUGGUGACGUCGCCGGGGAUGAUGAUGUAUAGGGCGGAGCGGACGCGUAGGACAGAGCUCGGCGUGACUCUGCAAGGCGUCCCGGAAGACGCGGCGUUGGCGUCCAGUAGCACGCCGGUGCGUGCGCGGAGGAUGUCGAGUCCGCCCGGACGCCUUGCGUCCUCGCGCGCACGGAGGUCGUCUCGUCCUGAGGAGCCCAAGCGACGUUCCCUCGGAGGCCCUGUUUCUUCGUUGUCGCCGACUUCGCCUCCGCCGAUUCCUGCGGGACGGGUCACUCGGUACACCCCGCGCGGUGCGCCCAUCGUCCUGCCGGCGCCGCUCGCCCCGGCUGCGGGUCAGGGCUCGUCGUCGCCUUCUACUCCGACACAGAGGACGCCGUUCUCGCCUCCGGGUGCUUUUGGACCGCCGUUGGAUACUGACUAUUUACGACGUGACAUGACAUGACGAUUGCUUCAUGACGCUGACGUUGAUUACUAAUGAUUUAUGACGAUAUUUAUGUCGUGGUUUCCGCAGGGGAUUGCAGGAUUUUGGUUGGAUCAUGAUGUUGUUGUGAGCUUUCUGCUUCGC